UUCGUUGCAGGCGGCUAGUAAGUUUGUGAUAAAGAAUCUUUACUCCGUUGCCUGAAAAAUCGAACCGAGAUGAUAAAAAAAACUUUUAUGAGUCAUUAUGAUGGUUGAACACAGCUCGGCCGGUUGGUUGUUGAUGCAGAUUACCUAUAACUAUCGUGGAAAGUUGGUUAUCUCGGCAUCAUCUGUUUCGGGUAGAUUCUUGUAUAUACUGUAACUUUUCCCUAGAAGUGUUCAAAUUUUAGGUUAUUGAAAUUAAUUUAAAAAUUAGCUGAAACUACUGAGAUGAUUCUUUGACUUCGCGUUUCUCUCUCUUCUCAACUUCGUCUCGAUCGUCACACACCUGUCUUAAGUUAAGCCUUAAGUGUUGCAUUAUAGAAAAUUCUACCAAUGUAAGCUCUUUAAACCACUGAGGUGAAUAACACAGAUCUUUUGCAUCACUUGGUCAGAGAGAAUUCAUUGUUCGACCUGAACUCCAUAAUCAACGCUUUUAUUUGUUUUCAAACUUAUGAUCAACCGUGCUGUAACGAUUCCAAACAAUCGUAUAAGCUCUCCCCUCAAAACGAAUCGAAUUGUGUUCGCUACGCGUGUUUGAAUCGAUUUGCUCGAUUUUUAAACCACUAAGCUACACAAAUAUCAACAAACAACCGUAACGAGCAGGUACAUUUACGCACAUCGAAUGGCAUGCCUAUAAAAGGAGGUACCGAGCAGCCGUGCUGAGGUUCAGUGUGUCACUUUAACGCUCGGAUAACGAUGGGUUCUAAAGCAAAUCCUUACGUCUACAGAAUAUGGCCACCGCGUAAAGCGGUCAGGAACAGUUCGAUAAAGGAUGUGCUGAAGGUCGAAUCGAUCGAUCUGUGCUUCGAUGAGAAUGGGAAAUCCUUCAACACGCAAUCCUACGAAAUGAUGGUAAAUCCGCGCCCUACCAAACGACCCCGGCAGUUGGUAGUGCGACGUGGUGCACCAUUCACCGUGCGUUUGCUUUGCAGCCGUAAGUUCGAUCUGCAGGUUGACACGAUGGUGCUGGUGUUUUCGAUAGUGCCUCUCGGGAAGGAUAAGGCCACGUUUGGGAGUGGCACCGAAAGCUAUGUGCUGGUGCACCCGAACCCGGACGAAGGGAUCAGCGAGACAGGUGAGUUGCCAGAUGAUUGGCGAGCGAUACUGGACGAUGUUAAGGAAAAGCCGCUGGGUAAGGCAGAGCUGACGCUGCAGAUCAGAACACCGUCCUAUGCACCGGUGGCACGGUGGACGGUACAAUUUCACUGCCGACUGGACACUACCGACGCGAAAAGCAUGACUGAGAUAAAGGAUCCCAUGUACUUGCUGUACAAUCCGUGGUGUGCAGAGGACCCGGUCUAUAUGGAAGAUGAAGCCAGUAGGAAAGAGUACGUCCUGCAAGAUAGCACCCUUAUCUGCAAACCCUCAAAGAAGGGCCCGUACAUGACGAGCUGGAUCCUGGGCCAGUAUGAAGCAAACGUGCUCGACUGUGUGCUGUACCUCAUAGCGGAGGUUGGCAAUAUUAGGGCCGCACUGUCUGGCAAUCCGGUGCUCGUUACCCGGGCACUCACCGGUGCGAUAAACAGUGCGAGCGGGUACGGUUUACUGCGAGGCAACUGGUCCGGCAAUUACGAAGACGGUACUCCACCGACGGCUUGGACGGGGUCGGCAAAGAUACUGCAACAGUUCUACGACACGGGCAAAACGGUCAAUUACGGCCAGUGCUGGGUGUUUGGUGGUGUGUUAACGACCGUGUGCCGCGCGAUCGGUAUACCGAGCCGAAUCAUCACCAACUUUGAAUCGGCCGGCGAUCACGACGCAUCGCUAUCGAUCGACUACUUCGUAGACGAUAAGGAUAAUGCGGCCUCGGGCAUGACGGUGGACUCAAUCUGGAACUAUCACGUAUGGAACGAGGCGUGGAUGAAGCGUAAGGAUCUGCAGAAUCCGCACUUUGACGGAUGGCAGGUGAUCGACGGGACACCGCAGCAACUGUCCGACGGUAUGUACAAGUGUGGACCAUUCCCGGUCGCUGCGGUCAAGCAAGGCUUUGUGCACGUACCGUUCGACGGGGACUUUAUCUACGCGGAGGUAAACGCCGACGUGAUCUACUGGUCGAUCGGCAACGAUCAGAACCCACCGAAACCGCUCGAGAUCAACACCAGUCAGGUCGGGCGGGACAUAAGCACGAAAGCGAUUGGUUCGAGCAAGCGGCAAGACAUCACCGCCAGCUACAAGCAGCCGGAAAACACGAAAGAAGAGCGCGAGGUCAUGAAAACGGCCAUGCAGUUCAGCUGUCAACGGUUUGCCAGUGCUGGGUUGGCGAAACGCUUGCUCGGCCACAUGGUGAACGACAGCAAUGGGCACGAGCAAGCGAUCAAGCUGGAGCUGAAGUGUGACGAAGAGCUUACGAUCGGUUCGACGUUUCAGUUCGAGCUGAUCGUUACGUGCACCAGUGCGGUAAGCUCGGUGGAAGCGAGCGGCAACCUAGUGCUGAAAGAUUCCGACUACACCGGCCGGCACGUGGAAACGCUGAAAAGGGUACCGUUCGCUGUGAAGCUGGAACCGCUCGAGUCCAAAUCCAUCCUGGUACCGCUGGACUUUAAGGAUUACAGUUCUACCGCCUCGAACAAGACGAACAUCAAGGGAAUCUGCACGGCCCAGGUUAAGGGUAGCGAUCGGACGUAUCUGAAGGUGGAAAACUUCCAUCUAACACCACCCGCGAUCGAGCUGACACUGAUCGAGCACAGUUUGGCGGGUCCGAUUGCGGUACAGGUUGCGCUAAGGAACCCACUUCCGGUUCCGCUAACCCGUGGCCGCUUCACCGUCGAAGGAUCGCGGUUUACCGAUCCGCUAGAGAAAAAGUACGAUCUCAUACCGGUUGGUGGAGUGGUAAAUUUCAUUUAUUCGAUCAACCUAACGCACAAAGGAAAAAUGGUUGUUACCGCAUCGUUUAUUUCGAACGAGUUGAAGAAUGUGCACGGAAAUCUGACGGUUCUACUUUCUGGAGAAGAUGGUGAGGAAGGAGAAAACGCUGAAGAAGUAGACACAAUUGAAGAAGUGGAAAAAACUGAAGAAGUAGAAAAACCAGAUAAAGGCGACAGAGAUAAAGUAGAGGAAGACAAUACAGAAUAAGAGUAAAUACUAAUCUAAGUCAGUAAGUGCGUACUGUGUAGACAAUCGAGCAUCAAUAAAAAAGUUCUAUUUUA